AUGGGGGUGCGGGAGAGCUCCAACCCCCUGAUGGGAGGGCCAGAGGCAGAAGGGCUCGGCAGAGACCUCUGGGCUGCUCCCCUCAGGACCAGUCUCCCGGCGCACCUCGCCGCAGCCCAGCACAGGGACCCGCCCCACCCCACGGAGGGAGCCGCAAAAGUGCAGAGUCCCAGCCUGGCCAUUCUGGCCGCCCGGCCCCAGGCCCUGCCCAGCAUCUCCGCUCAGUGCCUCAAGUUCCAGGCCCUGCCCAGCAUCUCCGCUCAGUGCCUCAAGUUCCAGAGAGCCCCCUUGGUGUCUGACUUCUUGGAGGAGUUCCCUGGUGAAGGUCGUGAGUGUGUCAACUGCGGGGCCCUGUCCACACCGCUCUGGCGCCGGGAUGGCACCGGCCACUACCUGUGCAAUGCCUGCGGCCUCUACCACAAGAUGAACGGGGUCAACCGGCCGCUGGUGCGGCCCCAGAAGCGCCUGUCCUCGACCCGCCGUGCCGGCCUCUGCUGCACCAACUGUCACACGACCACCACCACGCUGUGGCGGCGCAACGCAGAUGGCGAGCCCGUGUGCAAUGCCUGCGGGCUCUACACCAAGCUGCACGGGGUGCCCCGGCCCCUGGCGAUGAAGAAGGAAAGCAUCCAGACUCGGAAAAGGAAGCCUAAGAAUGUUGCCAAGACCAAGGGCCCCUCAGGGUGCCCAGGGAACACCACAGCCUCCCAGCCGUCCUCCAUCCCUAUCCCUGAGAGCUCAGCGGCCACUCUGAAACCCAAGCCCAACCUGGCAUCCCCUACUUGCCCUGGGCCCUGCGUCACCUCCCAGGCCUCCAGCCAGGUGGACGACCCCCUGGCUCCCAGCCACUUGGAGUUCAAAUUCGAGGCUGAAGACUUCCCCCUCCCCUCCAUGGCCCUGGGCUCCCAGGCUGGACUGGGAGGGGCCCUGCGCCAGGAGGCCUGGUGUGCACUGGCCUUGGCCUAGGUUCCCAGUCACCCACCAGACCCACCUCGUGACCUGUGUCGCUCCAGCACAAGGGUCAGCCCACCGGGCCACCCACCAGGAGAGACAGCAGCCAGCAGGAUCUCGAGGCACUGGGCCUGCAGCGGAGAGGCCUGGACAGAUGGCAGUCAGGCCCCGGAGUGGGGUGAAGGCCUUGGGGACAGAGGCUCGUGCCCCCCCAAUAAGGGACCCACAAAUGCUGCAUGAGGCUUCACACCACUCUGACCAGGGGUGCCUACCGCCAACCUGAAUUCUGUUGUCAAUACUUGCCACUGCCAUGUUUACAGGUGGCAGCUGCUGGGAAAAACUCAACCUUUUGUUGUGAAAGCAGGAUCACAGACGGAAUGGCCAAGGCCAGGAAGACACCUCUCCUCUAAGCGCAGGGCUGCCAGGGGCAGGUGUGCAGGCCAUGCACGCGCCACCCCCCCCCCCCCCCCCCCCCGGGGGAAGCCCUGCACCUCGCCGUCCUCGCAGACAGUAAAGACCUUGUUCUGGUUGAAUCUGUGUGUGAGCAUCACUGACAGGCAGAGUGAAGUACCUGAGCCUUUUCCGACCCACAGGCUGCUGGUGGGGUGAGCGCACAUCCGGGCUUGUCUGUUGUCCCAGCAGAAUUACCUAUCACACCCCCUUUCUCCUGCAAAAGUCCUUCGCAGGUCGGGUGGUUACUAGUAAGUUGGUCCUGCCAACUAGACACAGCUCUGCCCACGGGAGCUGAUGGGUGGCUGCUAACAGCUUAAUGUUGGAGGCAACAGGGAGUGGAGGGGAGUGGGGCACACCCUGCCGGAGGGCCAUGGCACUUGUACCCAGAUGCUACUUUAACCAACAAGACCUCCUGGUUUUUCCAGGGAAGCCAGAAACUGGAAUUU